AGUUUCAGCAGUCGUGCGUUUCGCAACAUGGCAGCAACCUACACAGAAAAAAGGGUUCAAUUGGUUUAACAGAUAAUUCAGCACUUUUUAACUAACAGGUUUGUGGUUUUGCAUUAAAGCAGCCCCUGGAUGCUGCAAGUCCACAUGCACACAAAUGAAUAUUGUAUGAGUUUGUUCAGCUUGACUCAUGGUGAGAAGUAAAGCCUUGCUUGUGCUAGAAUCUCAGCUGCGCUUUCGUGUCCUCUCUUCCAUCUCUGCCUUUUAGCCCACGCUAACUGAUGAACUAACUUCUUAUGGGUUUUGUCUCCAGCCCCGCACACACCGCACACACCGCACUCUGUGUGUGAGAAGAGUGCGAUGGCUGUGCGAUGCGAGCUGACUCGAGACUCGGCGCUUGGAUGGAGAGCUGAUGGUAGUGUGGGCUCGUCUGUGUGCGUGUGCGUGUGUGCGUGUGUGUGUGCGGUGAGGCGCGGGGCGGGGGGCUGAGAGUACACAGUCACUCCCUCUUCCCUUUGAGUUCCCAGAGCACAGUCAAGUCGGAUUCCUUUGGGGAAGAGCUCUCUCUCUCUCUCUCUCUCUCUCUCUCACACACACACACACACACACACAUGCACGCACGCACAUCACUUUUUGGAACAGGGGGAGCGAGCUAAGGAUCCACCGCCACGAGGGUCCACCUCUUCUUCUUCCUCAUUUCACCUGGCUCAUUCAUUUUAUUUGAGCUGAAAAUAAGCAUCGGAGAGGCUGAAAAAAGAACACGAAAAACAAAUAAAGAAGAAGAAGAAGAAGAAGAAGAAGUCGCCUCUGGAUAAUAACAUUUCCGCACAGGCUCUUGUUGUGAUCGUCCUGUUUCUGAAGUGACACUGGACUUUUUGCACUCUCUGGGCUGCAGGGAGCUCCCAGUCCACGUGUUUUGGAUGUUGACAGCUCUCUCCUUCUCGGUUUCUCUCUAUUCAUUAUCUGUUCGCACAGAGGAAGCGACAGAGCCGAGCGCAGAGACACCUGCGCGCCUCUAGCUCUCCAGUCGGCUUUUUUCCCCCCUCUUUUUAUUUCUCUCUCUUUUUCUACGGAUCGACGGAGAAAGACCAGAGGACUGUAAGAUCGACAGGGGGAAAGCAAAAGUGCGCGUUCAUGUUUGGGAUUCAGGAGAGCAUCCAGAGGAGCGGGAGUAGCAUGAAGGAGGAGCCGAUCGGCGGCAUGAACGCGGUGCGCUCGUGGAUGCAGGGCGCCGGGCUGCUGGACGCCACCACCGCCGCGCAGAGUGGUGUAGGUCUGGCCCGAGCUCACUUUGAGAAGCAGCCUCCCUCAAACCUGCGCAAAUCCAACUUCUUCCACUUUGUGCUGGCUCUGUAUGACAGACAGGGGCAGCCCGUGGAGAUCGAGCGCACUUCUUUCGUUGGAUUUGUCGAAAAAGAAAAGGAACCGACUGGUGAAAAGACAAACAAUGGGAUUCAUUAUAAAUUACAGCUUCUCUACAGUAACGGCAUAAGGACAGAACAAGACUUCUAUGUACGACUGAUUGACUCCAUGACAAAACAGCCUAUUAUUUAUGAAGGUCAAGACAAGAAUCCGGAGAUGUGCCGAGUGCUGUUGACACACGAGAUCAUGUGCAGCCGCUGCUGUGACAAGAAGAGUUGUGGCAACCGUAACGAGACGCCCUCUGAUCCCGUCAUCAUAGACAGAUUUUUCUUAAAGUUCUUCCUGAAGUGCAACCAGAACUGUCUAAAGAAUGCAGGGAACCCAAGAGACAUGCGACGCUUCCAGGUGGUGGUCUCUACGACGGUCAGCGUGGACGGUCAUGUUCUGGCUGUGUCUGAUAACAUGUUUGUACACAACAACUCUAAACAUGGGCGCAGGGCUCGCCGACUGGACCCCUCAGAGGGCACCCCCUCAUACUUGGAACAUGCAGCCACACCCUGCAUUAAAGCCAUCAGUCCCAGUGAGGGCUGGACUACAGGAGGGGCCACCGUUAUCAUCAUCGGAGACAACUUCUUUGAUGGCUUACAGGUCAUAUUUGGCACCAUGCUGGUCUGGAGCGAGCUUAUCACGCCUCACGCCAUUCGGGUACAGACUCCCCCCAGGCACAUCCCCGGGGUGGUGGAAGUCACUCUGUCCUACAAGUCCAAACAGUUCUGUAAGGGAACACCAGGCAGAUUCAUCUACACAGCACUGAAUGAGCCCACCAUUGACUAUGGCUUCCAGCGGUUACAGAAGGUCAUCCCCAGACAUCCAGGUGAUCCUGAACGCUUGCCAAAGGAAGUGAUUCUGAAGAGAGCAGCAGAUCUUGUAGAAGCCCUGUAUGGGAUGCCUCACAAUAAUCAGGAGAUCAUUCUGAAGAGGGCAGCUGACAUCGCUGAGGCGCUCUACAACGUACCACGCACCCACAACCAGCUCUCCGGUCUGGCAAACAGCUCUGUGCACACUGGCAUGAUGGGCGUCAACUCUUUCCACGGCCAGCUUGCUGUCAACGUCUCUGAAUCUACACAGGGAGCCAAUCAGGGUUUCAGUCGGAACACAAGUAGUGUGUCUCCACAUGGUUAUGUGCCCAGCACUACGCCCCAGCAGAGCAGCUACAGUACCGUGAGCACGAGUAUGAACGGAUAUGGUAACAGCGGCAUGACCACGCUAGGAGGAUCGCCCAACUUCCUAAAUGGCUCAGCCGCCAAUUCCCCCUAUGCCAUCGUGCCAUCCAGUCCCACCAUGGCCUCCUCCACCAGCCUGCCCUCCAACUGCAGCAACUCCUCAGGCAUAUUCUCCUUCUCGCCGGCCAACAUGGUGUCAGCUGUUAAACAGAAGAGCGCCUUUGCCCCAGUGGUGCGUCCCCAAGCCUCGCCACCUCCCACCUGCACCAGUGCCAACGGCAACGGUCUCCAAGUAGAUCAGUCUUUUGUGGACUCUAGCAAGUAUUCCACAGCCAGCUCCCUGCAGGGACUGGCCUUCUCCUGAACGAUCACAGGGAUGAUCGUUCCUCCCAUGUAGUGGCUCCUGGGCUGCUGUUGAGACACGUUUUAUAUCAGCUCAUGCUCAAAACCCCCUCAGCCUGGACCCUGAAGGUCUGCCUGUCUCCAUGAGGACAAGGGAAAAAAAAAAAAAAAAAGAAAAACCCCAACUUUGAAAACUCAGGCCUUUUUACAAGGAAUUUGAAAUGAAGGGAAAAGUAUGGGGUGUUGGUUUGAUUUUUUUCUAAAUUCAUUUUUAAACUCAAAGUCGUUUUGAAGUGAACAUUAUAUGCGUUUUAUACAGACUGUACCAUACACAUAUGACACUAUGAAAGCAGUUUCAUCUGUAAAGUUCCUGUUGUAUAGCAGUGAGGGGAAAAUCGCAGUUCUGUUUAAAAGGUGAAUUUAUGUUUUAUGUUUUUGAGAUGUUUAAGAAAUUUAUAAUACUGAACAACUGUGUACACAGGUGUUUUCUGUACAAACAAAAGGAAAAUGAACUCUUUAUCAUGGCGCUAGUCCAUGGCCAACAAAUGAAGUUUGCCAUACAUGUUGCUUUUUGUGUUGUUUAAGUUUUACCGCCAUAUUCAGUAAUCUUUUGUAUUGGUUGUCCAGGUACAUGCUGGUUUGUUUAUCUGUCUUUAUGGACAGGAGAACACUUUAAAAAGCGGUCCUGAGCUGAUUUUCAUUAGCCUUCUGGCCCACUGUGAAGAUCCCAGACUCACAUCCUGCUCCCAGGGAGGAGCGCUUGAGGAAUAGAAUUUUUGAAAUGAAUCCAUAUUUAUAUUUAUACAAAACUAAUUUGCUGCUCAUCAGUGCCAGAAUAUGUAGUACACAAAAAAAGAGAGAGUACACUAUGAGUUGCUAUGCUGUGUUAGCUUUGAAAAUAUUUUUACAUGUCCUGAAGGAUGUUUGUAUGAGGCAACAUAAUGAAGUCAUAAGAAACCGUCAAUCUAUUUGAAUUUGAGUAGUUGUUGGUUUAGUACAAAUGAAAACGAACAAAAUACCAUAAGUCUGUGAUUAUUACUUUUUCUCCAUGUGUCGUCUUUGCUGUGAAGGAUCAAAUGAAGGGAGGCAGGAGAGGAAUGCAUGCCUGUUCCGGCUGCUAAAAGAACCACGAAGAAAACGAACAGAGGAUGUUGAUAUUUAGCCCAGCAUUGUAACAGCCUCCUCUUCAAAAAGUGUUAAACUUUCAACUAAUGCCCGUUUAAUCAGCUCUCUCUCUCUCUGCUAGUCAACUAUUUUGUAUAUAUGCAUUUUUUUUUUUUUUUUUUUUGCAGAAUUGUUACAUAUAUUUAUAUACCGAAAUGUCUUAUGGCAGCUUUUCAAUUUAGUAUCACCAGUGACCUGUACUCUAAUCCGAUCUAUUCUAAUCUAAUCCUCUCACUGACUGUAGUAAGGAAAAGCAACAGGAACAGGAAACCAACAUGAGUCUGCAAAUUAAAAAUAGGUUGUGUACAAUGUUCAUAUACAUGAUGUAUGUAAAGUUUGUACAUUGCUUUUCUCCCCUCAUUUGAUUCGACUGUGGAAGUUUAUAUGUGAUCAUGUGCCGUCGUAUUAGCCACCUUUGUCUUCGUUUUUGAAAUGUACUUCAUGGAUUGUUUGUAUUUACUUUUCAUGUUUGCCAUGCUCUCAUUUUUAAGUUACAUUCAUGAAAAAAAAUCCAUUGUCUAUUUUUGUAUAAUUUGUAAGUUAAAAGAAUUUGUUUCAUUUUUGGAAUUUUUUUAAUGUAUGGAAAAAAGUAGCAUCUUAUUCUGAUAGCAUUUAGUAGUGUAGAUUUUUAAAAUAUAUAUAUAUAUGAUGAAUAUAUAAAUCUAUACCUUUUUUCUUGUUGAGGCUUACAAAAGUUGAUACUGUUAAACUAAUAAUAUGCAUGGGCUCUUCUCUCCUGAGAGUGACAGUUCCAUUUUGUGUGUUGAAACCAGAGCGGAAUUUUUGAUGAAAUAUGAAAAUACUUUCUUUCUCUUUUGGGUUUCCUUUCCUAUGCUUCUCUAUUCUUUUAAUUUGUCGAUUAUUUAUGCCUGCUUGUAUAUCUGUAUAUUUCUGUCUUAGUCUUUUCACUUUACCAGUACCAGCAGUUUAGAUGCCUUAACAAUGCAAGCUAAUAAGCAUACAAUCACUUGCACAGUCCCAUCACCACCAUUAAACAAUGCCAUCAACUUUCUUAUGGGACAGUUUUAUGACAUCAACAAAACAAAGCACAAAUUGGGCAGUUUUACACAAAUACUGUUAAUAAGACCCCGCUAAUCAAAGCAGGGAAAGAGUAAAUGAAGGGUUUGUGUUUUUUGUAUUGGUUUGGAUUAUGAAGGAUAAUGUGGAAGCUAAUGUUGUGUAUGGAGAGACUGUAUGAUUCAUAUUUAAUGUGUGUUGUAGCUAUGUAUUUUGCAAGGGGGAAAUGGGGUGCACUUUAUUAUUAAUUUAAAACAAAAACUGCCUUUUUAAUUUUGUUUGUGUUUUAUUAGUGUGUGAGUGGGGGAAACCCUAAAAAGCCAUACUGUUUAAGCCAGAAGUUCACAUUUAGCUUACAGAGUGCCGAUCUGAUGGUGUAACUCUGCAGAUGGUAGCACACCUUACUGGGUAUGUGUGUGUGUGUGUGUGUGUGUGUGUGAGAUGCUGUCUUAGUGCUCCAGUAAGUAGCACUGACACAUUUCUCCCUCUGGAGUGAGAGGUCUGAAUGUCAGAGCACAACAUGUUGCCUCUCAGGCUCUUACACUAACUCGGUUUGCUUCGCCGUUAACUCCCUUUCUUCUGCCAGCCAAAUUGCCUGUUGGAACAAUAUUGCCAACAGAGCCCCGAGUGUUUAGGCUGUAAAGUGCAUGGCCCUUUGUGGAGCAGAAUAAAGUGCUGCUUUCUGUAGUGUGUGUUACCAUCAAACAGAGAAUAUGGCUUUUCAUGAACCAAUGUUGAGUUUCGUGUGUGUGUGUGUGUGUGUGUGUGUGUGUGUGUGUGUGUGGACUUUUUGACAGAAGCCACUGAUGACAGAGCAGCGUUUGGGCUCUUCUAUCACAUCCUCACUCUUUCAGAGUGGAACAAACUUUUCCUUUCAUAUGAAUUAUAAAUAUAUGGCUGUCCUACAAUGGCCUCUUUGUACAUGUUUCCAUCUUAAUGAUCAGGAUGGGCAGCUGAUAAAGCAACAAGCAUUCUAUAUAAAACAAUACUCAAACCAAAAAAGCUGGUUCCCAUUUUUUUUCUUUUCCUCUACGCUUUUCUCUCUGUGUUUUUUUUUCUUCUUCUUCUUUUUUUUUUGUCGUCAUAUCUUUGAAUGGAUCCACACUGAGCAGUUCUGUUGACAAAAACUACUGUAUAGAUUGUUAUCAUUUUUUGGAUGAAGGCUGUAAAAUAACUUUUAAAAUUCACAAUAUUAAAUUAAAGUUACUUCUUGUCUGUGA